CAUUUGAUAUUGCUGGCUGACUAAUAUAAUCACGGUCUUGCUGGGAGUGCGGAGAGGGUAACUCUCUCCCAGCGAAAUUUUUUUUCACUCAAAAAUGAAAGAGAUAAACACUUAUAAACGUUCUAGGUCAAUUUAAAUACAAAACCAUAAACUUGCCCGUCGGGUGCUCCUGAUUUUUAAGAGACUUCACGAAGGAACAUCAAGUAAAAAAGACCGAGGCUCAUCGUAAAAGAGUGCAAAUGAAAGCAAACAAGAAAGCUUCCCUUGAUAGCAAAGUCACAAUACAAUCUAUACAACUUGAUACAAGUGAAUCCAAGGCUGAUUCUCAUGUACGCCUACAGUCAUUGCUAUUGAAAAAUCCAGGAAUAUUGGCAUCAAGGGUCUACCUAAAAAGUGAGCUUCAGAUCUUAUGCCAAGGAUAUGAAAUACCAUUCAAAUCAAGCGACAACAAGGAAAAGCUGAGUACGUUGUUAGGUAAUCAAAUUAAGCAAUUAAAUGGAAUGCCUAAGCCUGGCAAAAUUACAGAAUUGGAAGGAGAAAGAGAUGUACAGUCUGUAUCUUCACCAUCCGGGCAUUAUCAAGCAGGAAACCCUGAAAUAUCAAUAAACCAUUUGGAAGAUCAUCUUGAAAUCUCCCAUGCCCAAUCGAGUUCAUCAGCUCAAGGUAAUAAUAAUGAAGUACUAGAUCAACAACCUGUAAUGAUAUGCAUAUUCAGGAGCGUUGAGCAUGCGCAUUAGAGGCAUACAAGAGAACACGUGCGAAUAGA